AUGAAGCUCCUCAUAUGGAAUUGUAGAGGUGCAGGCAACAAGAUUUUCAGAAGAACUCUGAAAGAAUUGGUUCAGAAUUACAAGCCAUUGAUUUUAGCUUUAAUGGAAACGAAAGCUGAGCUCAGUGCUAUGGGGCAGUUCUUCAACAAGUUGGGUUUCACCGCUUCAUCUCAUGUGGAUCCUGUGGGCAGGAGUGGUGGUAUCUGGAUUCUGUGGGAUCCAUUUCGUGCAACCAUUAAAGCCUUAGAGGUGAAUGCUCAAUUCAUUCAUGCCAAGAUUCAACGAGAUAAUCACUCAGACUGGAUUUUGUCAUCCAUCUAUGUUAGCCCUAACCCUAGAGUUAGGGAUAAUCUGUGGGAAAAUUUGGAAGCUGCGGCAGAUAACAUUAACCAUCCUUGGCUUAUGGCAGGGGAUUUUAAUGAUAUCACAUCGCAAGGGGAGAAGAGAAGUUUCUCAACAAACCAUAGCAAGUGGAGACUUGCUUUUACAGAAGAAGCGGUUAAGAAUCUUCCCCAAACUUACUCUGAUCAUUCUCCCAUGAUUGUUUUCACUCAAGGUAUGAAUUCUCCUAACCCCUCAGCUAGACCUUUUCGUUUGGAAGCUACUUGGUUUACAGAUUCUAGUUUCAAAAAUGUUGUUGAAAAGUCUUGGGCUGAUAGUCAUUUUUCUGUUCCUGAGGCCAUUGAUUUGGUUACUAAAAAUGCUUUGAGUUGGAACAAAAAUAUUUUUGGAAAUAUUUUCAGGAAAAAAAAGUGGCUCUUGGGUAGGAUUGAAGGUAUUCAAAAAUCUCAAUCUCGUAUUUAUUCUCAUAAUCUAUUUUUGCUUGAGAAAGAACUUGUCAAAGAUUAUAACACUAUCCUUUACCAAGAGGAACUUUUAUGGUUCCAAAAGUCUGAGGCUAAUUGGAUUACCCAAGUGGAGCGGAAUACUAGAUUUUUUCACAUAUCUACCAUUGCUAGAAGAAGAAGAAUGAGAGUUACAACUCUGAAGAAUAUGGAGAGGGGUUGGAUUUCUAAUCCUGAUGACCUUUGCUCUCAUGUCCUGAAUUAUUUUUGUGAUUUGUUUAAAUAUGAUGCUACUGUUCACACCUCCUUUAGCCCCAUUAACUUGCAACCCAAAUUUUCCAAUAAAGAUAACAUUGCCCUUUCUAAACAUAUUACUAACCAGGAUGUGUGGGAGGCUAUCAAAAGUAUUAAAGCCUUUAAAGCCCCAGGGAGUAAUGGUAUCCAGUCCAUUUUUUAUCAUACCCAUUGGGAUAUUGUUGGUCCCUUGGUUUGCAAGUUUAUCCAAACUUGUUUUGUGAAUCAAUAUAUUCCUGAAAACUUUAAAGACACCCUUAUUACCCUUAUUCCUAAGGUUAAUAAUCCUGAAUCAAUUAACCAUUUUAGACCUAUUAGUCUUUGCAAUGUUCUCUAUAAGACUCUUACUAAAGUGUUGGUGAGCAGACUCAGACCUUUGUUAUCCUCCAAUGUUGGUCCUUUCCAAAGCAAUUUUAUCCAUGGAAGGACUACUUGUGAUAAUAUCAUCAUUGCUCAAGAGAUUGUUCACACUCUCAGAGGUAAAAAGGGUAAAACAGGUGACUUGAUCUUGAAAAUUGAUUUAGAGAAAGCUUAUGAUAAUGUGUCUUGA